AUGGCUUGGUCGAGACUCAUUCGGUUUGUUGACGAAUCAGGAAGGAUUACGUUUGGAGAUCCUUGCAUCAACAACAGCAAUGAAUUGAAAGAGCUCCUAGAUUCACAGGAGCUUUAUGCUGUCAGAUUGGCAGGGGGGGACCCUUUUUCACUAACCCGAACUGAAGAGAAGGUCAAAGUACAGAAGCUCCUUGGAGUACUCAAUGCGGGUGAUGUGCCGAUCUUCAAAUGUAUUGGACUCAAUUAUAGAAAGCACAUUGCCGAAACCGGCCGUACGCCUCCGCCGUAUCCAUCACUAUUCAUGAAGCCAGGGGCAGCCAUAGCAGCAUUUGACGAAGACAUCUGCGUGCAUCCAAUUGCGCAGGGGAAGAGUCUUGAUUAUGAAGGGGAGCUCGCUGUCGUGAUUGGCAGAGCAGGAAAGAACAUUUCGAAGGAGGAGGCAAUCUCAUAUGUUGCUGGAUAUGCAUCGUCUAACGAUGUAUCUGCAAGGACAUGGCAAAGAGAUCCCGCCCAUGCCGGAUCGAUACCACAAUGGUCAUAUGCCAAGUCAUUUGAUACCUUCGCACCACUCGGCCCAAUGCUAGUUUCACCUGCGCUCGUGGGAGCUGCGGACAGUCUCAGACUACAGACCUUUGUCAAUGGUGAGCUUCGCCAGGAUAGCAACACGGACGACUUGCUUUUCAACGUGGCCACCAUCAUUUCUUUUCUCAGCCAGGGUUCGACUUUACAAAAAGGUACAGUUAUCAUGACGGGGACGCCGGAUGGAGUCGUCUUAGGUAUGCCAGAUCCAAAGCCAUGGCUUAAGGACGGUGAUGUUGUCGAAGUCAGGAUCGAACAAUUGGGAAGUUGCGUCAACAAGGUGGUCAAUGAGGUAUCGAGAACUUAA